AGUGCUGCUGCUGGCGCUGCUGAACCGUCUGCCUAACCGCACACAGCCGCAGUAGAAUUGUGUUUAUUUUAAGAAGUCGACGUCGUUUCCUAUAAAUGGUUAUUUCGCUGGUCCAUUGACAGUGGUAGUGUUGUGCUCGUGUUGCUGCGUGCGCCCGCUUUUUUGCACCUUUGUGCGCCGCACCGCCCCUACCCACCACACCGCCGCCCGCGCGACAGUCGCGUUUGUGCGUGUGUUAUUGGCGCUCGCGCCAGAUAGAUAGGUACCUGUCCACGUCCCGUCGGCGUACGGAGUUUCGUCAGGGUUUUGAAUUUUUUUUUUCCGAAUUUUCUGCCGCCAAAAUGCCGGUGUUUCACACGAAAACCAUCGAGAGCAUAUUGGAGCCCGUCGCCCAACAGGUAUCCAGAUUGGUUAUUUUACAUGAAGAUGCUGAAGAUGGAAGUGCAAUGCCAGACUUGGAAAAGCCGGUUCAAGCUGUUAGUCGUGCAGUUAUGAACCUUAUCAAAGUUGGAAAAGAAACUAUAAACAGUAGUGAUGAUCCAAUACUUAAACAAGAUCUUCCUUCAGCACUUUAUCGAGUUGAAGGGGCAUCCCGUUUACUCGAAGAAGCUUCAGCUAUGUUAAAACAAGAUCCUUAUAGUGGACCAGCUCGGAGAAAACUGAUAGAAGGAUCUAGAGGAAUUUUGCAAGGAACAUCAUCAUUGUUGUUGUGUUUUGAUGAAUCUGAAGUCAGAAAAAUCAUUAGAGAGUGUAAAAAAGUUUUGGAUUAUUUAGCUGUUGCCGAAGUUAUUGAAAGUAUGGAAGACUUAGUGCAGUUUCUUAAAGACUUAAGUCCAUGUUUAAGUAAAGUUUCUCGAGAAGUAGGAGCUCGUGAAAAAGAACUUACUCAUCAAGUUCAUCGAGAUAUACUUAUUCGUUGUCUUGAUCAAGUGAAGACAUUAGCUCCAAUACUUAUAUGUAGCAUGAAGAUUUAUAUUCAUAUUCUUUCAGAAGGUGGUAAGGGUGCCGCUGAAGCAGCUGAGAAUAGAGAUUAUCUUACUAGCCGAAUGACAGGAGAGUUAUUAGAAAUAAUAAGAGUAUUACAGUUGACCACUUAUGAUGAAGAUGAAUGGGAAGCUGAUAACAUAACUGUAAUGAGAAAAGCUCUUAAUGUAAUCGAAGGUAAAGUCCAUACAGCCCAUGAUUGGUUACAAGAACCAUUAUCAAUGCCUGGUGGUCUGGGUGAAAAGUCUAUUCGCCAUUUACUUGAACAAUCUCAUUUAAUAUCAGAGCGCUGUUCACCUAAAGUUCGAGAGCCAAUACAGAAAUUGUGUUCAGAAAUCAACACAAUGACCGAUGCUCUUUGUGAACUGAGACAUGAUGGAAAAGGCGCUACUGCUCAAGCAGAAAGUUUAUCGCGUAGCAUUGACGAAAGAAUUGGGGAGUUAGUGAAACUAGUUACACGUGCAGUUAACGACACAGAGAGAAGUGGAGUUGCUGCUAAGGGACAGCAAGUGGCUCAUACACUUGGCGGACAAUUGGAUCAAGCUAGACAAUGGUUGUUACAUCCAGAACGAAAUGAUAAUGGUUUGGGGCAAAGAGCCAUUUCGUUGAUAAUAGAUGAAGCACAUAGGGUGGCUGAUGGACUUCCCGGUGUUCAAAGAGCAGAAAUAUUAAAUCUCUGUGAUGAGGUUGAUACCUUAUCUCGACAAUUAAAUGAUUUAUGUCGCCGUGGUGAAGGUAACUCCCCUCAAGCGCAACAAAUAGCCAGAAAAUUAUCUCACAAGUUAGAUGAAUUGAAAAAAAUGAUACAAGAUGCAGUGGUCAGUCGUGUUGUGGAAGAUUUUGUUGACAUAAAUACACCUUUAAAACAAUUUACAGAUGCAGUGCAUGUACCAAAAGGAACUCCUGGUAGAGAGGCAAACUUUGCUGAUCGAGCAACUAGGUUAUCUGACUGGUCAAAACGUGCAGGUCGAACUGGACGACUCGUAGCUGCGACCGGUAGUGGUGGAAAAAAGUUGUCUGAAGCUCUAAAUCAAGCUGCCACACAACUUGAAUCUCUCGGACCUCAGUUAAUAAAUGGUGGACAAAUCCGAUCACAAUACUCUGAUAAUAAAGUUGCUGGAGAGCAUUUUGACAAUUUGUGUUCUCAGUAUGCUGAUACAGCUACACACAUAAGAAACCUUUGCGAUGAGGCUACAGAUUCAGCUACUUUUAUUCGAUUAUCUGAGGACCAGAUGCGUAAACAUGCAAAACUGUGUGAGGAUGCUAUUGCCAGACAUGACCCCAAUAAAAUGGUAGAACAUACUACAGCUAUUGCUCGUCUAGGAAACAGAGUAUAUCAAGUUGCCAAGCAAGAAGCUGACAAUUCUGAGGAUCCUGUGUUCCACGCAACAUUAAAUAGAGCAGCAGAUAUAUUACAAGCUGCUGUGGCAAGAAUGGUCCAAGAUGCUAAGCCAGUAGCAUUAAAUACCAAUAAUGAACAAGCUAUUAAACGUUGGAGAGAAUCUAAUAAUGUAUUGUUGGAUGCGGUUCGCGGUGUGCGUGGAGCUAUCACUGUUGUACCAGACCUAUAUGAAUUGUCUAUUGAGCCUGAAAUAGCUCCACCUCGUCCACCGUUACCUGGUGAACAGGCACCUCCACCAAGGCCACCAUUACCUGCUGAAACUGAUGAUGAAGAUGAAAUGUUCAAGCAUGCACCAUUACCUAAUCAACCUAUUAUGGCUGCAGCUCACGGACUCCAUCAAGAAGUGAGACAAUGGUCAAGUAAAGAUAACAAGAUUAUUGCUGCUGCAAAGAAAAUGGCACUUUUGAUGGGCAGGUUAUCUCAAUUGGUUCGCGGACAAACUGGUACCAAACGUGAUCUUAUUGCUUGUGCUAAGGCAAUUGCUGAAGCUUCUGAAGAAGUAACACGUUUAGCCAAGGAAUUGGCUAGAGAGUGCACUGAUAAGAGAAUGAGAACUAACUUGCUGCAAGUGUGUGAACGUAUACCGACUAUUGGUACUCAAUUGAAAAUCUUAUCCACAGUCAAAGCAACUAUGUUGGGUGCCCAUGGUUCAGAAGAAGAUCAAGAAGCUACUGACAUGUUGGUGGGUAAUGCACAAAACUUGAUGCAGUCUGUUAAAGAAACCGUAAGAGCAGCUGAAGCAGCUUCAAUUAAAAUAAGAACUGACACUGGUAUACGGUUAUGUUGGGUCAGACGUCAACCAUGGUAUCAUUAUUAAUAACUUCCAUUUGCCUCCAUUACCAUGGCCAUAAUUAGGUGUUCAAUAUUAUUUAAGGAAUUUAUAAGCUAUAACAAAGUAAUUGGUAUAAAUCACUUUGGGCACAAUGUGUGAUAGGUUGUAGUCUCUGGCUCAUUGGCAGUACUAUAAUUCAUUUACAUUAAAAAAAAGUCUUUGAAUUUGUGGUUUAGGAAUAAAUAGAUAAAAUAAAUAAUACAAAUUUGGAAAAUUUAUUUUCUAUAUUUCGGCAAUUAAAUCAUUCCAACGGGUCGACAUGUGCCUUAUAUUUAUAUUGAUUUGCGGUGCUUAGAGUUGUAUUUAAUAUUAAACAUACUUAUUUGGUUUAAGAGUGUUAAAUCAAAUUUAAAUAAUAAUUAAUAAUCGAGCUUUAACUUUAAUUGUUGAGUUACCUAUAUAUAUAUAGACGCUUCAAUCAUCAAAUGAGACAAUUUCACAACGAAUUAAUAUCUUUUUAAUUACAUAUUAUGUUGUUAUUUUAAAUGCCUCUAGAUAAUUUUAUAUAGGGUAAUUUAAAGAGGCUUUUAUAAUUUUGUUAUUCUGCAUUGAUAAUGUGCAUAAAUAGAAAUCAAAGAUUGUUAGAAAAAUAUUUUUCAUACAAACAUAUUUUAGAAUAUUUAUAUAUUAUAUUGUUAUUUGUUUUUAUUAUGAAUUUAUGUUUAUAAUCACAACAAUGUUCUUCUAGAUGUUCUGUUGUAAAGGUAUUCAGUGCUUCCAUUUUAUUAUAUCUGAUUUUUACUUUAAAAUGUUUGUAACAAAACAAUUUUAUUAAGUCGUUAAUAUAGUUGUUAUUUUAAUUUACAAAACUACCGAGCCACUUACAUGUUAAGAUUUGUAUCUAUAAUAAUUGUUAAUAAUACUAUGUUCUAAUUGUAUUAUUUUUAUACUUAUAAUAAUGUAUCAAAUGUGUAUGAUAUAUUAUUUUUUUUAUGUUCUUUUAAAUGUAUAAAUAUUAAAUACACAUAGUAUAUCAAUGAUAUUACAAAAUAAUAACAUUCACAUCCAUAAUAUAAGACUUAAGAACAUUAGUUUAAGACAGUAAAAAAUAUUGAUGUUAAACAAAACUUGUGUGGCUCGGAAUGUAAAUUAUUUAGUGCCAUUUCAUAGCCGUCACAAUUGUGUUUUCCAUACAUUAUUUUUUUCUAUUUUGAGUUAAUAUUGACUUUUAUGCUGCUUGUAAUAGUAUGUUUAUUUUUAAAAAAUCACUAUUUGAAAAUAGUAAAUGUUUGUCAGUAAAUAUUCUAUUUUAUUGUUGUAUACAAUAUGAGUUUUGUUUUGGAUACAAUGUAUUGCUGAAUAUGGAAACAGAAUCGCCAUCAUAUAAAAUUUAUAAAAUAUAUGAUGUAUCUAUUUUUUUUCUUGUAUACUCUUAUCACAUAUUAGUUUUUUAAUUAUCAUUAACUGUAAUUUAAUAUUGUAUUUAUUUGUAUUUAACUUCUUUCUUGAGUUUUAUUAUUUUAUUUUUAUUUAUUUUUCAUACAACAUUGUCUCAUUAAAAAAUGACUAACAUCGAAAAACAAUAUGCUGUAACCUGGUUUUUUAACUAGGCUAGCGCUAAAUUCUUAAAAAGAAUCAAUUUUAACUUGCCGUUAAUAAACAAUGUUGUGUUCAGUUCCUAACUUUCUAGUUUUUCAACGCGUUAACUAAAACUAUUAUACUAGCAUAUUUACCCCCCUUUUUUUUGGUAUAUUUUAUUUUACUCAUAAGCGACUCAUACACAAAAUAUUGUAUUAAUAUAGUUGGUGCUAAUAAAUUAUUACCAUUAUUCA